AUGCCAUCCGAAACUAUCUGGUCAAACCUGUCUGACCCCGCGAGUCCUCGAGUCACGUCAAAAUUCCGUUCCGUUUUCGACCAAGUUGAUUCGAAUACUGGUCUGAUGGAGUCCAGACGUUUCUCAUUUCAAGAAACAAGCGAACUCGAGUCGAACCUCUUUGAUUUCAAAAACAGCUUGUCUCAAGUGCCCUAUGCUGCAAGCACAGGAGGACCUCACGCCCCAGUGACUUUUGCAACGUCUAAGAAUGCCCCAAUUCAAUUAGGAACUGCAUCUAUCAGUGGCGGUAUCGCCAACAUUCAUCCACCCAAGGAUAGUUUUCUUCAGAAAUUCUCAAGCGUGGCAGAUGCUACUCGUGAUAUCGAACUCUCUAACUCGAUAGCUACACUUUCGUUGGAUGGAGGUGCCCGCCGAACAAGCUUCAAUUAUGAAAACAAUGUACCGCUGUUGAAUGUUUCUCCUCAUGGAUCCAUGAACGAGAAUUUGAAUAUCGCUUCUUCCAGAGGUUCGAGACACCAAUCGAUCAGUGAAAAAAUUGACAAUUUCAACAACAACUCCCCUAUUCAAACCCCUGCAGUUUUGUCUUCAGAUUUGAACAAUCCUGGAAACAAUGCUUCGGGGGCAGACGCAUCAAAGGCAGCUUCCAAGCAUCCGCAAAGUUUUUGGAAUCCUGCUACUGCAACGUCUUUCACGCCAGCUGCAACCUUUAACUACUUUCUUGAAAACUCCCCUUUUCCCCAUGUUGGUGCGCCUAUUCCUCCAAAUCCUUAUCCUAAAUCGGGUCCAAUGAUGCCUCCAAUUCAUACGCCCCCUUUCAUGAUGGGUAAUUUUAUGGAAGGCGGAGUCAGCAACAUGAUGAGUGGUACCGAAGGCACUCCUGAAAGUGAUAGUACAUCUGUUUCUGGGGUCAGCGAAACCAAAAAACCGACUGAACCGGUACAAGAAGGCGCACCAGUAACAGGAUCGAAGCUGCCAACUAGAAAUGCUGGUAUUCCUGGAAUUGGAUUAAUGAGUCGCCAACCUCAUCCAAGUGCAGCAGGAUACGUAUUUCAUCCUUUUAGUCCUUAUUCGAUGUAUACACCAACCCCUCAGGGUGUAUCUCCACCACCUCCUCCGAUAGAAGUCAGAGCAGAUGGAGGAUCGUCUGCUCAAGGCUUUGUUCCACCACUUUCUGGACAACCUCAUCACGGAAAAAGAGGUAAAACCGGCAGAGGAGGACAUAAUGGUGGCAAAAGCAGCCAUCACAUAUACCGCUCGCCUUUGUUGGAAGAAGUGCGUUCCAACCCCAAGAGUAAAGAGUUUUACUUGAAGGAUAUUCAUGGGCAUGUUGUUGAGUUCACCAAAGAUCAACAUGGCUCUAGAUUUAUUCAACAGAAAUUGCCUAGUGCAACAGCGGAGGAGAAGGAAAUGGUAUUCAGCGAGAUCCAAGAUAUUUCUUAUGAUUUGAUGACCGAUGUGUUUGGUAAUUAUGUGAUUCAGAAGUUUUUCGAGUUUGGAUCUGAUAGUCAGCGACAAAUUUUAUUGGGCUAUAUGAAAGGAAAUAUCCAUGAACUCUCAUUGCAAAUGUAUGGCUGCAGAGUCGUCCAAAGAGCUUUGGAAGCGAUUCCUUUGGAAGACCAAAUCGAAAUCGUCGAGGAAUUGAAAGAUCAUGUUCUCUCAUGCGCCAAGGACCAAAAUGGUAAUCACGUUAUUCAAAAAUCUAUCGAGAAGAUUCCGUUUGAAAAUGUUCGCUUCAUUUUGGACAGCUUAGAUAGCCACAUUUAUCACUUGUCUACUCAUCCAUACGGUUGUCGGGUAAUUCAACGGUUGUUAGAAUACUCAGAUAUUGAAGACCAACAACAUAUUUUGGCUGAGUUAAACAGGUUCCUCUUUUACUUGAUUCAGGAUCAAUAUGGAAAUUAUGUGAUCCAACAUAUAUUAGAACGUGGAACACCAAGUGAGAAAGAGGAGAUUUUUGAAGUUGCAUUCAGCUCCAUUGUAAAUUUCUCCAAACACAAGUUCGCCUCUAAUGUCAUAGAAAAGUGUAUCAAACACGGCACUUUAGAACAACGGAAAAGAAUCUGGCGUGAAGUCAUGUUGGGAAAUGAAGAUUUGGAGAAGGAAACUGUCGCUGAUGACUCUCCGUUGGCUUUGAUGAUGAAAGAUCAAUAUGCCAAUUAUGUGAUCCAGAAACUUGUCGAGUGUUUCCAUGCUAAGAGCAAAGAGAAGAAGGACUUGGUGGUGAAGUUGAGACAAUAUUUGAAACAGCUCUCGAUGAAAAACAGUUACGGCAAGCACCUUGCUUCAGUCGAGAAAAUGAUUGCUGUAGCUGAAACGGCUUUGGUUGAAGCUGAUCGGUCGUGA